AAAUGUGCGCACGCCAACGAAGGCCAAAACUAAGCAGUCAAAGCCUUCUCGCCCAUCUAUGUCUAUCUGAUACAGGACGGCGUUCAAAACAAACUGAAGCUCAGAGUUCAGAAAGGCAGAAAUCGAUCAAAUGGCUCAAGUCAGCAAUAUUAAUGUUGAUCCAAAAAGCGGAUUCUGCAAAUCGAACUCCAUUUUCUACAGCAAACGCAAGCCAACCCCUCUCCCGAAGAACCAUUCACUUGACGUUACAACAUUCAUCUCUUCCAGGCCUCACCAUGGCAACGUCGCCUUCAUCGACGCCAGCACAGGCCGCCAGAUCACCUUCUCCGACCUCUGGAGAGCGGUUGAUUCUGUCGCCACGUGUCUCUCCGACAUGGGUAUUCGAAAAGGUCACGUCAUCCUCCUCCUCUCCCCUAACUCGAUUUUCUUUCCCAUCGUCUGUCUCGCUGUGAUGUCUCUCGGUGCCAUUAUCACCACCACAAACCCUCUCAACACUCGUGGAGAAAUCGCCAAGCAAAUCACCGAUUCAAAACCUGUAGUUGCUUUCACUAUCAAAGAACUCAUCCCCAAACUCGCCGGGUCCUCGCUUCCAGUCGUACUCCUCGAAGACCCAGAAAGCAUCACUCCUGAAGCAAAGAUUUUGACUACUUUACAGGAAAUGAUGACAAAGGAACCGACUGGAAGUCGAGUUAGAGACCGAGUCAGCCAAGAUGAUACAGCGACUCUCCUGUAUUCGUCUGGUACAACCGGCGCUAGCAAGGGUGUGGUGUCGUCUCAUCGUAAUCUCAUAGCAAUGAUAGAAACCAUUGUUAGGCGCUUCACUUCAGACGGAGCACAAGAGACGUUCAUAUGUACUGUUCCUAUGUUUCACAUCUAUGGUCUAGCAGCGUUUGCUAUGGGCCUAAUCGCAUCCGGAACGACGAUCGUAGUGCUCUCCAAAUUCGAUAUGCACGAGAUGCUAUCAGCGAUUUCAAAAUACCGCGUCACGAACUUGCCUCUUGUGCCGCCAAUACUGGUAGCAAUGAUAAACUCCGCCGAUCAGUUAAAGUCAAAGUAUGACUUGAGUUCGUUGCAGUCUUGUUUGUGUGGUGGGGCACCGCUGAGUAAAGAAGUGAUAGAAGGGUUCGUGCAGAAGUAUCCGACUGUGAAAAUUCUUCAGGGGUAUGGCUUGACCGAGUCAACUGGAAUAGGGUCGUCAACGGACACGUUAGAGGAGAGUAGGAGGUAUGGAACGGCCGGGAUGUUGUCAGCAAGCAUGGAGGCGAAGAUUGUGAACCCGGAUAGUGGUGAGGCUUUAUCGGUGAACCAAACGGGUGAGCUUUGGCUUAGGGGGCCCCCUAUCAUGAAGGGUUAUUUUAGUAAUGAAGAAGCUACUGCAUCGACACUUGAUUCGGAAGGAUGGUUGAGAACUGGUGAUCUCUGCUACAUUGAUAAGGAUGGCUUCAUUUUUGUUGUCGAUCGACUGAAGGAGCUGAUUAAAUAUAAGGGAUAUCAGGUUCCUCCUGCAGAAUUAGAAGCCUUGUUACUUACUCAUCCAGAGAUCUCUGAUGCUGCAGUUAUACCAUUUCCUGACAAGGAGGUUGGGCAAUAUCCCAUGGCAUACAUUGUAAGAAAAGCUGGAAGCGAUUUAUCAGAGGCUGCAGUCAUGGAUUUUGUUGCUAGACAGGUUGCUCCAUACAAGCGAGUCCGAAGAGUAGCAUUUGUGGCUGCGAUCCCUAAGAAUCCUUCUGGCAAGAUUCUCAGAAAGGAUCUAAUCAAGCUUGCAACCUCCAAACUAUGAAUAAUUUAUGUUUUUACCAGAAAACUUAUCCUUGGAAGUACUAGUUAGUUCUAUUUGUGAGUCCUGCAAGCUAUUUAGACUUAACCCAUAACGAUCCUUUUUAAAUUUUCAUUGUAAAAAGAGAUUUGAAAUAAAAUUGACUUUGCUGGAUGUAGUCAAUCAGGAUAAAUCCUGCAUACUUUCUCUUUA